AUGGAGUUCCCAAAUUUUGGCCGGUUCCAUGGGCAGUACCAGAGUAAGUCCAAACCAAAAAUGGUCAAGAUUUCGGUCUCAGUAACCAUUGUAGCGGGAAUAACAGAAAUGUACCAAAAGAAGCAAAUGUCCCCAAAUCAAAACAGAGAUCGUUAUAGAAACAACCUCCGAGAAUCAGAAGACAAUCUAAGACGCAGACGAUCGAAAGAGAUACGAAGCAGACGAGAGCUCGAACUUGAAGAAGAUCUAGUGAAAACCGGAAGUGAAGACGAGAAUGAUAAAAACAAACGUAGGCCCAAUAGGCGACGUAAAUAUGCCAAAAAUAAAGAGGAGAAGACAUAUUCUAAAUUAAAUAAAGAGAGACAAGAGUGGAAAAAUCAAAAGACAAGAAAGCAGGAGAUGCUCCGAUUUAACGAUAGACAAAGAAAGAGACCGUUAGGUCAAGAAAAGCAGUUCAAACAAUAUGGGAAUAUUAGAAGCGUGCCAAAUCUUCGAGUGACGUACUUAGGUUCUCAAGCGAGGGUGUCCGACGAUUCGAGCGCAGUCCCGUUACGGCUUCCAAAAAAGGGAUUCCAAGAUGAAAGUCUUCCAUAUAAAACAUCAGUGACACGACACACUCAAAACACACACGAUUUAGAAAAGCUAAUGGAUUCAUAUCGAGAAAGGCACCCAAAAAAUAAUUUAUCUAACUCUGUCUCCAACUCCGACAUUAGUGGAGUCGAGGAUCUGAAGGCAAAAGCACGAAGUAAAAGGGCUUCCAUUUUAAAUCGUGCCGAACGGCUGCUCCAUAGUCGGAGAAUGAAGGAGGAUUAUUCCAGUGGAGAAGAUGGGGACACGGAGAAAAGUGACAGAAAUGACAACGUGGUCCACAAACGGAGAGUGGACUACCCGUCGAGUGAUGACGAUAAAUACGUCAUGGUGAAGACAACGGUGUCCCCGUCCGAUUCUGACAUAUUUACUGACCUAGAUGUAGCACUUCCGCCUAUACCUCAGUUUGACUCGCCUUCCGGCAAAUCACUGCCUUCCAUGACAAAAAGUGAAAUUCCAGUCUACAGUGACGAUGAGUAUGAAGUGUACCCAGUACAAAGGCCACAUACAGAUACUUACAGGGAAUAUCCCCCAUUUGUGAUGGGAAGGUAUGAACAGGCCAAAAUGAAUUCAGAUUUCAACGAAAAGAUUGAAGUACAUAGAACGACUGAUAGGAAAGGAAAGAGAGUGACCUUCUUUAGGAAUGGUGAUAAAGAUUUCAAGGGAGUAAAUGUUUGUAUUAAUCCAAAACAAUUCCUGAACUUUGAGGCACUUCUUGUGUAUCUGAAUGAUCGAAUUGAAACAACGUCAGGAGUUAGAUAUGUGUUUUCCUUACCAGAUGGAAAAGAAAUUAAGAGUGUGACAUCAUUUCAGCAAGGGAGGUCUUACAUUGUGUCCUCAGUUAAAAAACCUGCUCUUGACAUCCCAUAUGGUCAAUCCAGAGAGCAGUUUUGGAACAAUCGAAAACCCUCAGCAAGUCGUGUUCGAAAAAGUGAGGUCGAAUUAUUCAAAAGAUCAGAAUCACCAAAAAAUGCUCCUAAAAACAAGCCCAGAGUAAUAACCGUGAUAAACAAUGAAUACAGGGACAAAAGAGAAAAGUUUUACAUCAAUCCUAACACUAGGCAUAACUUUGAGGAUUUACUGCUCACCAUGGGGGACAUGACAAAUAUCGAUAUACAUGCUUUGUAUACUGAAAAGCAACCUCAUAAAAAGGUUGAGAGUUUCAGCCAAUUAUUCAACGAGUUUAAAAACCAGGAUAAUUUUAUUGCCUGUGGACCAGAAUUAGAACCUCUAAAACCAGAAAAUGUUAAACGCCCUGCUCCUAGCAGCAACUCAGGAAGUGAUUCCAUGAGUGUGGCUAGUAGAAUGAAAAAGUUCCACAAAGCAAACGAUGGAGAGUUGGAUGAAAUUGAUGAAUAUGGCAUGCAGCAUUCUCCGUCGCCUCAGGAGGGAAUACUGAAUGGGGUACCUGUUAACGGGUAUCAGGAGCCAAUCUCAGCCAGACAUUUCGAGGAGGACGACAGCGUCAAGUUCACCAUACGGGGCAGAGUCAGAGAAUAUUUCCCACCAUCCAUUACCUACCCCGACGACGAUGGACAACGACCGGACAAAAAGCUGAAAUUGGAAUGGAUUUACGGUUUCCAUGCACGUGAGGGUUGUAAAAGCGUGGUGGUGUAUAGGACGGGUGAACUUCUGUAUUAUGUGGCGGCUGUGGCGGUCUUCUUCCGGCGGAAUGAGGACAGGGGCGACACCCAGCGGCAUUAUCUGGGUCAUACGGAGGACAUUUCAUGCCUCGAGCUACAUCCUUCCGAGAACUUAAUAGCUUCGGGACAAAUUGCGGGAAAAGAAAAUCCAGCCCACGUCCGCAUCUGGGAUGGAGAAAAAUUGACCACGCAUCAUGUGAUUGGGAUAAGUUUUUUUACGAAUGGAAUUGCUUCUAUCGGAUUUUCAGAACAG